AAAAAUGAAUUAUAAUCCAUAGAUAAUAUAACCUACAAACUUCAACUUCAAUAAUUGUUGUAGUUGGAAACGGCAAGAGAGCUUCAUAAACGAUGGCCAAGUCAAAAAAUCAUACAAAUCAUAAUCAGAACCGAAAAGCUCACCGCAAUGGAAUUAAAAAACCCAAAAGGUACAGGCAUGAAUCUACUCUUGGGAUGGAUGCUAAGUUCUUGAAGAACCAACGGUUUUCCAAGAAACACAAUCUUAACACGAAGCAACAGUUAAAGAGAGCAGCUGAAAGGAAAGCAGAACGUGAAGCAAAAACUAAAAAAUGACCUGUAAAUUAAUUAUUGAUAAUAAAGGUAAUAUUAAGGGUUA